AUGACAAUUAUACUGAUAAUUUCACCAGCGACUGGACAGAUACUACUCCUCUUCCUACUACUGCUGUUCCUACCUACUACUACUACUACUCGUACUACUACUACUACUACUACUUCUUCUCCUCCUCGUACUACCACUACUUCUCGUCCUACUACUCCCCCCCCACUGGUUUGUGCUAAUGGCGGGUUCCCUCUGUCCGGAGUCUGCGUCUGUCCUGACGAGUGGACCGGAAAGAACUGUUCUGUUGCAAACUCCUGCCGGGCUCAGAAGUUGGGCGAGUAUAAUUUCCCACAAACACCCAUUGGCUGGUUUGCGUAUUCCAAGGAGAUCUGUGCAACCGGAUCCAGCGGUGCCGGGAAACCGCAGGCCUCGACACAAUGCUCCAACAGGACCGGAGCCCCGGGUUUCCAGAAUCCUCCGCAGAUCUUCCUCUGCGACCAGACGCUCAGCGACAUCCAAAAGAACAUCACCAGCUCAGCAGAUUUAGAGGCCUUGGCAUCCAGCACUCAGAUCCUCACCUCCAACCCUGAGGAGCUGACGGCUGCCGACGUGAAGACCGCCACUGAGAUCGCCAACACCUUGCUGAGGUCCCCGUACGCCAAGGAGAGCGUCAAGGUGUCAGCGGUGGCAACCGUCAGCCAGCUGCUGAACGCCGGCUCCCAGAGCGAGGGGAGCGAGGCCAACCUGGGGCUCACGGUGACGUUGGACGAGCUCUCGCAGAACCUCAGUCUGGUCCAACCCAACUUGGUUCUUCAGGCAGCGCAGAUCCCUGCUGCCAGCACCAAGGGGGUCCAGUUCACCGCGCUGUCAGGGACAUCGGGGAGUUUCGUCCCGGACCGGAUUAAGCUGAACGACAACACGUCGGACAUCGUGGUUGAAGACGGGUUUGUAGCCGACGCCGUGAUCUUCGUGCGCCUCGCAGCAGCCCCGGCCACCGCCGACCCCCCGGCCGCCGCCCCCCCGGACUCCAACGUGUCGCUCGGCUUCGUGCUUUACCAGAACGACCGCUUCUUCCAGUCGAGGCUCUACACGAGGCGCAGGGCCCCCAUCAGGGUCCUCUCGGCCAGCAUCGGGGGUCCGGGGGGCCGGAGGGGGGGGGCCCAACACGUGGAGAUGCUCUUCAGACCUGCAGUGAUGGAGGGCACGUCUCUGCACGACUUCGCCUGUGUUUUCUGGAAAUACGACCUCCAGGACUGGAGCACGGACGGCUGCUGGAAGGGAAACGCCUCGGACGGACUGCUGAGAUGUUUCUGUAACCACACCACCAACUUCGCUGCUCUCUGGUCUUUCAGGGAGGAGUACGAAUACGCAGAAGCCCUCGGGGUGGUUUCUACUGUCGGACUCUCCUUCUCUAUUCUGGGUUUGGUCAUUACCAUAAUUCACCACAUUAAAGACAAUUUUCAGAGGACCUCUGGGAUGAGUGCGAGUCGCAGGAACUCCCAGCUGGCUCUGCUGAGCACCUGCUUCAGUCUGCUGGCCUUCAUCCUUACCUUCCUCUCCGGCGUGGGGAACCGCCGCCCAGGUGCUCCUGAGGUCGAGGCGGAGAAGAACGUCGUGCCGAACUCUGACGAACACGUGGAUCCGGACUCAGGGUGGUGUUCUGCGGUGGCGGCUCUGCUUCACUUCUUCCUGCUGGCCACCUUCAUGUGGAACAGCCUGUACGGAACCCAGCUGGUGCUUCUGGUCCGGAGGCUGCGCCAAGACCUGCCUCCUCACUGGACCUCGCUCAGCGUGGCCCUGGGCUGGGGAGUCCCGGCCGUCAUCAUGGCGGUCACUUUGGGCGCCACCUACAGGCCAGAUAACCCUCUGGGAUACAGACAGGAGGAAUUCUGCUGGCUGGCGGCUGUGGAUAAGAAGAAGCAGUUUGACUUCAGGAAGCCCAUGUUCUGGGCCUUCCUGCUUCCUGUGGCUCUGAUUUUAAUCUACAACGUGGCUCUGCUGGUGCUGGCCUCUCUUACCAUCUGCCGGACCGACGCCGCGCUCAAAAGCUCGAGACCUCGGACUCUGUGGAAGAAGUUCCUGAUCAGUUUCUCCCUGGCGGUGCUGCUCGGGGUCUCCUGGUUUCUGGGGUAUUUGGUGCUGGUCACCUCAGGAAACACUAACCUGGUGUUCAGCGUGCUGUUCUGCGUCUGCACCACCACACAGGGGUUUCAGAUCUUCGUCCUCUUCACCGCCCGGACGCCGUCCUUCAGAGCCGUCGUGUCUCGCUCUCUUCAGUUCGUCUCGUCCGUCAACAUCCAGCUCAAAGAGACCAAGUACCGGCUGCAGAGGACCUGGGGGACGUCCAACAUGGAGUCCUACCGGGACGUCAGCCUGUGACCUGAAACACAAAGGCUGAUGAGACCCGACGUGAGGACGGAGUAUAACCCUGACGAACAAAACAAAUAUAAACUCCUGUUUUCUCUUCAGUGUACGGAUAACUUCUGAUGAUAUUUAUAUAUAUAAACUCACAGUGAUUUCUGUUUUUAUUGU